CUAGAAACUAUAAAAGAAAAAGUAAAUAUGAUCGACUCCAACACACAUUCCUGACAAUUAUCAACAACAAUGGGGAAGAAGAAUGCAAGCCUCAACCUGUUAAUGCUGUUGAUGACUGUCAUGGUGAUGUUCCAGGCCUGCAUUAGCCAUGGCUAUCCGGUCAACCAAGCGGGUCGACUCAGGGCCUUGUGGAGGGAUAAGAAGAAGCAAACUGAUCAGAAUCUUGAUAGUUCUGAUGAUGUGUGGUCGAGUAUAGGAGGAGGAGGUGGUGGUGGUGAAGUUGGAAAGAUGGAAAAUGAUGAAAUUAGAGGUGGGCUUCCAGGGCAGCCAACAGAGGUGAUGUUUAAGCAGUAUGCAGGGUAUGUAAAUGUGGAUGAAUUCAAAGGAAGAAGCCUUUUCUAUUAUUUUGCUGAAGCUGUCCAUAAUCCAUCUUCUAAGCCUCUUGUUCUAUGGCUCAAUGGAGGGCCAGGUUGUUCAUCAUUUGGGGUGGGAGCCAUGGGAGAGAUUGGACCUUUUGGUGUAAAUUCAGACUGUAAAACCCUUUAUCCAAGAAAGCAUGCCUGGAACAAAGUUGCAAAUAUAUUAUUUCUGGAGUCCCCAGCAGGCGUUGGAUUCUCCUACUCAAACACUACAUCUGAUUACGAUAUGUCAGGAGAUAAAAGGACUGCUCACGAUGCAUAUGUCUUCCUCAUAAAUUGGUUUAAAAGAUACCCGCAUUACAAGGCCAGAGACUUCUAUAUAACCGGUGAAAGCUAUGCACGAUUUUACAUUCCAGAAUUGGCAGAUACCAUUAUCAAGAGAAACAAAGAGGCAGACUCUACCUCCACCAUCAAACUCAAGGGAAUAAUGAUAGGAAAUGGGAUAAUGAAUGAUGAAACAGAUGCUAGAGGAACGUACGAUUACAUAUGGAGCCAUGCAUUGAUAUCAGACGAAACUCAUAGCGGACUCAUGCACUGCAUGUCUUCCUCCAAUUACACCCCACAAUGUGAAGACUAUGCACAAAAAAUGAACUCAGAGAUUGGUAACAUAGAUUAUUACAACAUCUAUGCCCCACUGUGUUUGGACAUUAUUACCUCAAACUCAUCCAAAAAAAAUAGUAAACGCAACAGAGGAGGAAGGCAUGAUCCCUGUGAAGAAGCUUAUGUUCAGAGAUAUCUCAAUCUUCCUCAAGUUCAGAAAGCUUUGCAUGCCAACACUACUCAACUCCCCUACACUUGGGAAACUUGCAGUUUGGUGAUUCGUGAUUGGAAGGAUAGACCGUCAAGCAUGUUCCCCAUAUAUAAAAGGCUCAUUGCAUCUGGGCUUCAUAUUCUUCUUUUCAGUGGGGACGUGGAUGCAGUGGUUCCGGUGACAGGCACUCGAUAUUCCAUAGAUGCCUUAAACCUUAAAGUAAUCAAACCUUGGAAUCCUUGGUCAGAUGAUAAUGGACAAGUGGGAGGAUAUAAAGUAGUUUAUGAAGGAUUAACUUUCACAACAGUUAGAGGUGCUGGUCAUCAAGUCCCACAAUUUCAGCCUCGUAGAGCUUUGGCCUUACUUAAGAUGUUUAUUACUGGAAAAUAUUAAUGCUCUGAACCUCCUUUAAACUAAGCUAAAUUUGCUUGUGAUCAAGUCAAAAUAAGUUCCAAAUAUUUCUAUCGAUUACAAUUUUGAAAUUGUAAGAUUGAAAUGUUCAAUUUGAAGUAAUGUCAUUUCCUCAUA